GCAAAUCCGCGGAGGAGCGGGCGGCGGUUUCUCAGUACCGAUCACCACCACCAUCAGGCCAAUCGCCGCCAUCUUCGGCCGCUAGCAAGCCAUGAGCAAGGAUGCUAAGAAGACCGGACCGGAGGUGCAGACCAGGAUCACGAAAGUGGGUUCCUCUUUUCAGUUCAGAAUAGACUACGAGCAAACCAAGCAGCUUCCCAUCGGCGAGUCUGUCCACUCAGACGUCUUCUCCGUCGGGGGACACAACUGGAGGAUUGAGUGCUACCCGCGCGGGGUAUUUUUGAAACACAAGGGUGAGUAUCUUUCUAUAUACCUCAAGCACAUGAGCAGAACCAGAAGUGUAAAGGCUAUCUUCGAGGCCUUCAUGAUGGACAAGGAUGGCAAACCAUGUACAGAAGCCACAAGAAGGUCACACGUUCGUGAAUUCUCAAUCAACAACAAUGAUGACAUCAAUGAUGAUAAUGUCGACUGGGGAUGGAGUCAGUUUGUCAAGGGAACUACACUGGAGAAUGACUACAUAACAGAGGGACAUAUUACCAUUAUGUGUGGCAUCGUGGUAAUACAUGACAGCCCUAUUCUGGUGCCGCCUUCAGACAUCGGGAUCCAUCUCGGUAGCUUGCUAGACCACACGGAUGGGACAGACGUGUCAUUCACCAUCGACGGCGAGACAUUCCGUGCUCACCGUGCAGUGCUUGCUGCCCGCUCACCAGUAUUCAGAGCGGAGCUCUUCGGCUCCAUGGCUGAGUCUACGAUGAAAUCUAUCUCAGUGCACGAAAUCACGCCCGCAACAUUCGAAGUUAUGCUUCGAUUCAUAUACACUGAUGCGAUGCCUGGAGAGGAUGAGCUUGGGGACUCUUCGAGUGAGAUACUUCAGGAUUUGCUUGCUGCGGCCGAUCGAUAUGCACUAGACAGGCUGAAGCUUAUGUGUGCCCAAAAGUUAUGCGAUAAGGUCUCGACAGAUACAGUUGCAACUACCUUAGCUUGCGCCGAAACAUAUAACUGUCCUGAGUUGAAGAGCAAGUGCAUUGACUUCUUGGCGGUGCAAGAAAAUUUCCACGAGGCAGUGUUCACUGAGGGUUAUGCAUUGUUGGUUCUGAAAUUCCCAUCAAUUACUGCUGAGCUCAGAAAGAGGGUUAGGACAUAAUACAAUGUGAUCCAUUGUAGGUGUAUAGUUCAUGUGGUGAGUGACAACUACUAUCUUUUCAAACGUAAGACAACCCAGUUACAAAGUCAGUGAUGUGCCCAAUUACAACACAUUCGUGUUUUUGUUCUCUUGGACAUGUCCUGUCCUGAAGCUUCUGAUCUUUACUUUGUAUAUCCUGAUGUAUAACUAUCUAGCUAUC